UCACCAUUUGCUGGUCUAUCCUAUGACCAGCAUCAUCACCAUCAUAAUCCGCAUCAAAACGGGUCCACAUCGGCUCAAGUGUCUCGUACGGGUACCGCAAACGGUAAUGCUUCGAGUGCAACGAAUGCAGCGAAUGCUAGCAACACGGCCAAUGAGGCCAGUGUCUCAUCAGCACCAACAAUGGUUCCACGCAGCACUAGGCAUCGAUCAACGCCACACGAUGGCCUUAUCAAAUGUAAUUAUUGCCCGAAGAAAUGGGCCGAUCAAGCACUUGUAAGUUGUUGUUUCUCUUGGUAA